AUUGUCUGAGGCACAAGAGAGCCCAGAAGCAGCUCCCCCUCCCAGCCGUCCCUCAUCCAACGCAGCAGUCACAGCCUGUACGUCAUGCAGCUGGUGGCCAGCCUGGUGUCCGUGCUGCUGCUGGUGUGGAGCAUGCGAGCCACGGCAUUGCCGGGGGAGGAGAGACUCUCGCUACAGAACAGUAAGGAACAGACCAAAGCCCGGAAGGACAUGAUCCUGAAGAUGCUGGUGGGCCUGCUGGAUGACAUGGAUGUGGGCCGGGAUGCCACUUCCACUGACUUUGAGGAGCCCCUGGAGGGCAAACUGGAGGAGGAGCGGUCGACCUUGGGGCGGCUAGCCCAGCUAUCGCAGCGGGACCGCAAAGCCCCCUGCAAAAACUUCUUCUGGAAAACCUUCACUUCCUGCUAACACCAGCGCGCUGGACCCAGCCCCAGGCCCCCUCAGGCUCUCCCCAGCCCCUGCAGAAUACAUGAACUGUGCCUACAUUGUAAAUGCCAUCCACAAGUCGGUAGUGUCUGUUUUCCUUGAAUGAAUCGAGCUAUGGUUGUUUAUUACUCCAUUCACCAAUAAAGCAUGGCUGAGAGGCGCCCCGGG